AUGGACAAGUUUUCUCGCUCUCAUCUUCCAAAGACCCUGCUGAAGGUGAGAGAAGGUAUCUUCCAUAGAACUGGCACCCCAGUCACACCACACAAACAGCCGGAGACAUUGAGCCGCAGCUUCAAGGAAAGAACAAUGCAUCUCCUUGGUUGUUUUCUCCAUGUUCAUUUUCACAGAUUUGGGGAGAAGACUAUUGCAAGGUGACAAAAUGAAGGUGGAAGUGAAAGGCGUUUCACAACACAACUACAGAGAAGAUGCUGAGUGCUAUGGAAGUGACCAAUAACUAGAAGUUGCAAGGCCUCAAUGAUAACGCUGACCUGCAUCUAUGACAUGUGGGUGAAAGUCAACUCACAUUUUAAUCAGAGUAGACCUAAUGAAUGGGCCCAACUUGGUAAUGUUCAAUCAGCUACCACCCUACGUCUCCUCGGCAACAUCCAGUAAAACUGGCCCAUGACUUGGUAAAAGUUUAUUCAGAGUCCCAUCCCUCAUAAGAACUUAGGAAAAGCCCAUCUGAACCAGGCCAAAGGUCCAUUUAGUUUAGCAUUUUCAUCUUACAUUGGUCAACCAGAUACUUUUGGGAAACCUGCAAGGAGGGCUUGAAUGCAGCAACACUCUCUUCACGUGUGACUCCCAGUGACUGGUAUUUAGAGGCACAUGGCUUCUGCCAGUGGAGGCGCAACAUAGCUAUCAUAGACCUCUCCAGAGUCCAGGUUGGCUCUUAGCUAUGUCAAUUCCUAAUCUCACCCUCCCUUUCUCUCCUUAGCACACAUUCAUGCUCAUAAUUGCACCAGUAGACUGUUCCCAUGGAGUUUCAACCUGGCACUGCAUCCUGAUUGCCAUAUUCCAGGACCUACCUGUGUCCACACCGGAGACCAGAGACCUGAUGGAACCUCCUCUGAAGAUGGAGAAGCAGAACUUUGCCGCAGUCUCCAGCUCAGACUAUGACAUUGGCUUCACUAUCCUGGAAGAAUUUUGA